UUUCGCGUUUUGAUCUGCCUGCGCCACCAUAGCCCAGCGAAGCCGCCUGCUGGGGCCGUGUGUGUGAGCGCUGAGAGGCUGCUGCAGGCACAGCCGGAUUCCGCACAGGCUGGGGCUGCCGCGGGGGGAUGCGAGCGGGAGCCAGCCUGGAACUCCGAGAGCGGAAACAGCUGAGCGCGCAGGCGAUACCCUGCAGCCAGCCGGGGAAGGCGAGCGGAUCCGAGGGGGGAGAAUACGGAGCAGGGGGUUGGGGGCACUGGCUCUGGUCAGUUUCAGCCCCGUUAUAGGCUGCGGGGAAAUUCACCAGCGGAGCCGCAGAUCUGUCUCCCCCAUCCCUCCCCUCCCCGCACUUCUCCUCCCGCAAUUUUAAAAACCUCUCCGAAGUGGUGACGAACUCCGGAUUCUCGCUGCAGUUUGGGUCUCGCUCCUCCUCUGCCCGUGUACCAGUGCCGAUGCCUGCAAAGCUGUGACACCAGGAGGCGGAGGAGGAGGAGGACGCUGACUUCGGAACUGGUUUUUCUUUCAGGGAAGGUUGGCUGGAUGGACAGAGCCUUGGAUAAAUCCUUUUUAAUCGCACGUCCCUGCUGCCCCCCCGCCCCCUCCGGCAGACACCGCUCCUGCUGCACCAAGAUUACAGCUGGUCUGAUGCUCUAGUGUCUGCAAAGGAGAACUCUGAAAACGUACUCAAGCACCUUGGCCCAGAAACCCACGAGUUCUGGUGAAGCAGAUUGGGGAGUCCGCAGAAAAUGGAGUCAGUGAGAGACAUGUGAAGGAGCGUGAGUUGGCCCUGAGCUCGUGGGUGUGCUGGCCACAAAGCUGGGCUGAUUUACUGAAGUUAGUUUUUGAGUGGGGUGAUACUCUCCCUUCACCCAGGUAUGAUGUCGGUUGAAGGAUCUACGAUAACAAGCAGGAUAAAAAACCUGCUUCGCUCCCCAUCCAUUAAACUGAGGAGGAGCAAGCCUAGAAGCAAGCGAGAGGACAUCAGCAGUAAGGUGACCUUGGAGAAAGUGUUAGGAAUAACUGUGUCGGGAGGCAGAGGAUUAGCCUGCGACCCCAGGACCGGCCUUGUCGCAUAUCCAGCAGGGUGUGUUGUCGUGCUCUUCAACCCUAGGAAAAAUAAGCAACACCAUAUUCUAAACAGCUCCAGGAAGACGAUUACAGCUCUUGCUUUCUCCCCUGAUGGAAAGUACCUGGUUACUGGAGAGAGUGGGCACAUGCCAGCCGUUCGGGUGUGGGACGUGGCUGAACGGACCCAGGUGGCUGAGCUCCAAGAACACAAGUAUGGUGUGGCCUGUGUGGCAUUCUCCCCCAGCUCCAAGUACAUUGUCUCAGUGGGGUACCAGCACGACAUGAUUGUCAACGUGUGGUCAUGGAAGAAAAACAUCGUGGUGGCGGCCAACAAGGUGUCCAGCAAAGUGACAGCAGUGUCAUUUUCAGAGGACUGCAGUUACUUCGUCACAGCUGGCAACCGCCACAUCAAGUUCUGGUACCUGGAUGACAGUAAAACCUCCAAGGUGAAUGCCACAGUCCCCUUGCUAGGGCGCUCCGGUUUGCUGGGGGAGCUGAGGAACAACUUCUUCACGGAUGUGGCCUGUGGAAGGGGUAAAAAAGCAGACAGCACUUUCUGCAUCACCUCCUCCGGCCUCCUCUGUGAAUUCAAUGAAAAGAGGCUGCUCGACAAGUGGGUGGAGCUGAGGACUACUGUGGCGAACUGCAUCUCUGUGAACCAUGACUACAUCUUCUGUGGCUGCGCUGAUGGCACGGUGCGGAUUUUUAACCCUUUGAACCUUCACUUCGUCACUACGUUGCCGAAGCCGCACUUCUUGGGAAUGGACAUUGCCAGCGUCACUGAAGCCAGCCGUCUCUUCUCUGGUAUGGUGGAUGCCAAGUAUCCAGAUACAAUUGCCUUGACCUUCGACCCUACCAACCAGUGGCUAUCAUGCGUUUACAAUGACCACAGCCUGUAUGUGUGGGAUGUCAAGGACCCGAAGAAAGUGGGCAAGGUUUACUCUGCCUUAUACCACUCUUCCUGCGUGUGGAGUGUUGAGGUGUAUCCUGAAGUGAAGGACAACAAUCAGUCUUGCCUGCCCCCAAGUUCAUUCAUCACCUGCUCGUCUGAUAACACCAUCCGUCUGUGGAAUACAGAGAGUUCCAACAUCCAUGGCACAGCUCUGCACCGGAACAUCCUCAGCAAUGACCUGAUGAAAAUCAUCUAUGUGGAUGACAACACUCAGGCCCUGCUGGACACUGAUUACAACUCUGGUGGGAGCGCAGACAAGGCUGACAUCCAGGCCUUGGACACGAAGGUGGGGAUUCGCACACUCUGUGUGAGCCCCAGUGGAGAGCACCUGGCCUCGGGCGACAGGAUAGGCACUCUCAGGAUCCAUGAGUUGCAGUCCCUAAGGGAAAUGCUGAAGGUGGAAGCCCAUGACUCGGAGAUCCUCUGCCUGGAGUACUCCAAAUCUGACACAGGGUUGAAGCUCCUGGCAUCAGCCAGUCGGGACAGACUGAUCCACAUCUUGGAUGCUGGGAAGGAAUACAGCCUGCAGCAGACACUAGAUGAGCAUUCAUCUUCCAUCACAGCUGUGAAGUUUGCAGCCAACGAUGGGAAGGUGCGAAUGAUCAGCUGUGGAGCAGAUAAGAGUGUCUAUUUCCGCACUGCACAGAAGACGGGCGACGGGGUCCGGUUUACCCGGACACACCACGUUGUUAGGAAGACUACUUUGUAUGACAUGGAUGUUGACCCCAGCUGGAAAUAUGCUGCUAUUGGCUGUCAAGACCGUAACAUCAGGAUUUUCAACAUAAGCAGUGGGAAGCAGAAGAAGCUGUACAAGGGAUCCCAAGGUGAAGAUGGCACCCUCAUUAAAGUGCAGACUGAUCCCUCAGGUCUCUACAUUGCAACUAGUUGCUCUGACAAGAACCUCUCCAUAUUUGAUUUCUACUCCGGCGAGUGUGUGGCCACAAUGUAUGGGCACUCAGAGAUUGUAACUGGGAUGAAGUUCAGUAACGACUGCAAACACCUGAUCUCUGUCUCUGGUGACAGCUGUAUCUUCAUUUGGCGCCUGAGUUCUGAGAUGACCAUCAGCAUGCGACAGCGGCUAGCUGACAUGAAGCAAAGAGGGAAGCAGGUGGAGAAAUCACCACCACACAAGACAGCUGGACUUAUCAGGCACGAAUCCACCUCUGUUCUAUCGCCAGUGCCAGUGCUUUCAUCAGACAGCGACAAAGAUGGUGAAGAUGAAGGAAAUGAUGAAGACGAGUUAAAUGGGCUACAGUCUUUCCAAAUUCAAUCCAUCUGCAACCCUGAGAGAGACUCAGAUCCAAACCUUUCCCUCUCAAGAAGCCUCUCCCAUUGGGAAAUGAGGAGGGCGAAAGAGAUUGCAGAGAUCCAGCGUUCAGAGACUGCAAUGAACAAGAUUCCCCGGCAGCGGGGCCGUUGGUCCCAGCCAACCAGUAACAUAGAGAUGACAGUUAAAUCCAUGCUGGACUUGCGCCAGCUGGAGUCUUUCUCAGUCUCUCGAUCCCCCAGUCGAGACUCGCUGUCCCAGACCAGCAAUGGGGAUGACAGAGAAGAGCAUGCUGAUCUCUCUUUGCACGUCAACAAGGUUGGAGACUCCAUAGCUCCUCAGGAUAGCCGCCCUUGUGUCCGACCUCAAAUGAUUCGGCUUGUGUCCUGUGAAGAGGGGGUUUUCACUCAGGAACUGGAGCCCUUUGAGAGUGAGGAAUGUGUAAUCUACCCUGAACAAGAUGAGAUCCACCCCACCGACAGUAGCAGUGAGUUCCAGGUAAAAGCGCUGCCCCACGGGAAGCUAGUUAGAGGUUACCACAGCAACGGAUGCCCUGAUAAGCACAGUCCUGACAGUGCUUGCUCUGUAGAUUACAGUAGCAGUCGCCUCUCCAGCCCAGACCAUCCAAACGAAGAUUCUGAGAGUACAGAGCCUCUCAGUGUGGAUGGCGUCUCAGACCUGGAGGAACAAGUGGAUGGGGAGGACGAGGAGGAUGCGGGCACUAGCAUGCUGGAGGGAGAGGUCCCCAAGACUCCAGAUCAGGAGAAGUUCCUCAAGCAGCACUUUGAGACUCUGGUCAAUGGUGGUGAAAAAGGUGGAUCACGUAGGACCCUGGAGAGAACUGAAAAUACCAGCAUUUCUUCUCGCUUUCUCUCCCAGUCCCCAGCUCUCAGGCGUUUGUCACGCUCCUCAUCAAAUCUGAUACUGGAUCAAAAGCCCAUUGAGGCUUCAGCCCAGUCAAAGCAGGUUUCUGUUGACCUGCUGAAAAAUGGGAACAGCCAUUGUAAUGCUGCCUUGGAGAAUGACAGCCUUGUGGAUGGUGUAAAUUCCUACCGGUCCAUUUACACCCAAAGAAAACGGAAGUCAGCAGUGGAGACCAAUAGGCUUGCCGUGGGACCUGGAAGAGUUAUUGCACCCUUUCCAGAGGGUACUGGGAAUGCGGGGAUGAGGAAGUGCCAGUCAGUUCAUGACCUCCUUCAUGACGAUAAGAAUCCAGGAGUGAUAUCCUCUACCAAGCAGCGUCCUCAGACACUAGUGGUGGUUGAGAAGGAUCCAAAACCUAAUCAUUGCAGGCCAUUGUCUGCAAGCCUGCUGAAGAUGGAUGGGUCCAGCUCCAUGCUGGUCAAAGACAGUAAGAUUGUAAAAUCAAAGUCCUACAUGAAUCCCACAACCAGCUUCAUGGCCAAGAUGUCACGCAGCAUCUCUGUAGGGGAAAAUCUAUGCCUUGGUGACUCUGUUGAAACACUAACUGAGGAGAGGACCAGCCCACAGGGGCCUGAGAAGACACACAUAACUCCCCCAGCAGAGACUGAGAAGAACAAGCCACCUACAAAAGAGAAUGUCCCAGGGAAGCCAGCCCUUCAGCAAGUUGUAAGCUGCUCAUCACCCACGUCCUUCCACAGCAAGUUGGCAUCAUCAAACCGAGCACACUUGAUCCUUGACAUCCCCAAACCAUUGCCUGACAGACCCACCUUAGCUUCUUUCUCACCCACCGCCAAAUCCAAAACUCCACUCGAACCGGAGUCUCCUCAGUCACCUGCUGGGGUCUGUAAAAAGAAAUCUUCUCUUCUUGAGGGACGGGCCUUCAAGAGGGAGAGCCCAACUGCUGUGUCUGUUGCUAAAGAGAGCCCAGUGGAGAAUCCAGCACUGAGGAUAGAUCGCCAGGAUGAGCCAGGGGUCACUAAUCCAAAACUGAAAGAGUUUUCAGAAGGCUUGCACCCAAGGUCUCCUGAAAGCACAGUGCCCAGAUGCAGAGAGAGGUUCUCCAGCAUUGGCUGUGUGCUAGACAACCCACUUGGACUUUGCCCACUAGACCCCAUCAGGCCAAGGUCUCCCACAACAGUGUCUGCAUCGGCACAGAACUCAGAACGUCGCAUCAGCAUUGAGCAGUGUGAACAUGUUGUAUCUGAGCUCCAGGACAGCAUGCGCAAGGCUAUUCACCUUUACCACAUGGUAUCAAUGGACAUGGAGUCUUCCACUGACAAAGAUAAGAUUGCUGGCCUCCUAACGGACACGUUCUCCGUGAUGAAGAAAGAACUGGACUCCCUGAAGGAAGGAGAAGAGCUCCAAAAGGCCAAGAAGGUGCUGGUGAAGCCACAAGAUGCCAUUAGGUCGCUGAAUGAGGGACGUGGUGCCAACCUGUCCAGUCCUAGGCGUUUUGGGGAUGAGCAGACUCUGGCUUUGCUGGAACAGUACUCGGAGCUGUUACUACAAGCUGUGGAACGGCGCAUGGACAAAAAACUGUAAAGGGGUGGUGGUUGGAAAAAACAUGUUUUGAGUAAAACUGAUAACUCCCUAGAAAUAAUCCCAGGAAGACCACCACAGUGGAAGCCUCAGAGAAGUGCUGUUGUCACCCUGAUCUAUGGAGGGAGAGACCUUUUUAAACUGAUCUUCUCAGCCCCAUAGAACAGGUGUUAUCCUAGUUUUUAGCAAUGUGCUGGCCACAGUUUUAAUCACUUCCCCAAUACUCUUCAGCAUCCAGUUUGUGAACACAGCCUGGAAAGAGGCUGUAGAGAAGUUGCUUGGAAAUCUCUCCAUAGCCAGAUGUUUGGCAUCUCCUGUAAGAACAAAAAAUAAAUUCAGUUUGCCCAAGAAGCUCUGAACUGCUGACUAACAAAAGGGGCCCGGAUGAAGCCAAUCACUCCCUCCCAGGGCUUCAUCAGAAUCCAAAGGCAGACUUUUAAACGUUCUAUUUAUUAAUUUAUUUUUCCGACGUUUGCUCUAACUAACUGUUUCCUGAGUAUUUGGUGGCCAUUUCCUUCCCUUUUCAAACAAACCACUUUUUCUCCUUUGCCACAUCCCAGCGAGACACAAUCU